UUGUUGUUGGUUUCUAGCUGUUUUUACAAUUAUAUGGAGUAUAGACAUUGUUUAUGGGCUUAGGAUUGUGAUGGAUAGAGAAGAAUGUUUAUCCCAUGAUGUUAAGUACGAAGGAGAUACAGUUCAUUUCUCCUUUGUCGUGAUUAAUUCAGAGGGUUCUCGUCAUUAUUCUCCUGCAGGUGUUGAUCUUGUGGUUAAAGGACCUGGUGGAGAACAGAUUCACGAUUUUCGUGAUAAAACAAGCGAUAUAGGACAGUUUGUGAGUAGUAGUAAAGGAGUCCAUCGUUUCUGCUUCUAUAACAAAUCACCUUAUCAUGAAAUGAUUGAUUUUGAUGUACGUGAAGCCCAUUUCUCCCACCAUGAAGAACAUGCUAAAGACGAUCAUUUCAAUCCUUUGAUAGAGCAAAUAUCAAAGUUACAGGAGUCCAUAUAUGGAAUCUGGUCUGAACAACAUUAUUUAGAUGCACAAAGUCAGCAACAAGCUUUAGUGAACUUGAAGAUGAGCAAAGGUACAAUUUACAAAGCUUGUUUCGAGUCGGUUGCUCUGGUUGGUGCUAGCGCUUUGCAAGCUUACCUUCUCAAACGCCUCUUUGAUAGGAAGAUGGUCUUAUCUAGGGUUUAAUUAGCAUUUUUUCUUCUUAUA